UGGUACAUUUUGAAAAUUGUGUGAAAAGGGGGAAACCCAAAUGCUAUAAUGAGGAAACCCUAGAUGGAAAAAUCUGUGAUUUUUGGAGAGCAAACUGUAAAAGAAGAAAGACCCAAUUCAUAUGCUGGUAUAUGACCAAAACCCAGAUGGGGAUUUUGGUUGGUUUGUGCGAUAUUGUGUGGAAACAGAUUAAACCCAGGAAGGGAAAUACUGUAAAAUGAGCAAAACCCCUUUUAUGUGGAGGAUUAUAGAUGAUUUAGACUUGGGGAGUAGAGAUGGGGCUUCAAACAUUAUUGGAACUGGGACGUUUGGGUGUGGGAAUAACAUUGUGGAAGGAGAGGACUUCAUCAGAGAACUUCACUUUUCACCUUUGGAGUUAUUGGGGCAGAAUACCCCUGUUAUCAGCAUUUGUCAGGGUACCAGAAGCUGA